UACAAUAGCUGUCUCUUUGCUUUAAUUAACCUCUCUUUCCUAUUUUUACAAUAUAAUUUAGAAUUAUUUUUAAAACGUAAGUGUUUAUUCAAAAUGGUCCGUAAAUUAAAAUUCCAUGAACAAAAACUACUUAAAAAAGUUGAUUUUAUAUCUUGGGAAGUUGACAAUAACUUACACGAAGUGAAAGUGCUAAAAAAAUAUCACAUUCAACGACGAGAGGAUUACACAAAAUAUAAUAAAUUAAGCAGAAAUAUUCGAGAAGUAGCUAGGAAAAUUAAGGAGAUCGAUUCGAAACAUCCUUUCAGAACAGAAGCAAGCGCACAACUCUUAGAAAAAUUGUACGUAAUGGGCCUCAUUCCAACCAGAUGGGACCUUAGUUUAGCUGAAAAAGUCACAGCCUCUUGCUUUUGCAGAAGAAGGCUACCGGUAGUUAUGGUUCGAAAUAAAAUGUCUGAAAAUAUCAAGGGGGCUAUAAAACUCAUCGAACAAGGACAUGUAAGAGUCGGAACAGAGUUAGUAAAAGAUCCUGCUUUUUUGGUAACUAGGAGUUUAGAAGAUUUUGUCACGUGGGUAAACAGUUCAAAGAUUAAGCAACACGUUUUGGAAUAUAAUGGAUUACGCGAUGACUUUGUUUUUUAAAGCUAAUGUUAAAUAUUUAUGUUCAAUAAAAGAUUUUUUAUAAAAAA